AUGAAGUUAUUGAUAGUAUUGGCCACUAUUACUGCGUUAUGCGCUGGUAGCGCCAUCCCUAUCGUGCCAGGAGAUAACAGUCACUAUGUGGAGGGUGAGAGUCGCUACAUCUGGAUGCCGGAUGGUGAAGGCAAACCUCACUUAGUAGACUUACAUGAACCUGCUGAUGAGAGAGCAAUCGCAAGAAACGGCGCUAACAACCAAUAUUGGCUGUUUACUAGACAAAAUCCAAAUAAUGCCCAAGUCAUCGUAAACGGCAAUGCAAACUCAAUACGAAACUCCAACUAUCGCGCAAAUCGUGGCUUGAAGGUGAUCGUUCAUGGAUGGAACAGCAACGGAAACUCUCAAAUGAAUCCCCUCAUUACAUCAGCGUUUCUUGCGGUGCAAGAUGUGAACGUUAUCGUAGUUGACUGGCGCUCUCUCGCUAAUUCCAACUACAUAACUGCUAGUAAUGGCGUUCCUGGCAUUGGACAGCAUCUUGGCAACUUCUUGGUUUGGCUUAUCAAUACUGGCGGCGGAAACUGGAACAACGUUCACUUGGUCGGCUUCAGUUUAGGAGCUCAUGUCGUAGGAAAUGCUGGGCGUCAGGCUGGCGGUCGUCCAGCUCGUGUUACAGGUUUGGACCCAGCUGGACCCGGAUGGGGUGGCAACUCUAAUGCUCUAAACAGAAAUGCUGGUCAAUAUGUCGAAGCUAUUCACACUGACGGUGGUCGCCUUGGCAUCUUUGAUCGGAUUGCUGACGGUGACUUUUACCCCAAUGGUGGUAGGAGUCCACAACCAGGCUGCUCGAAUAGUGAUUGCUCCCACGGUAGAGCUCCUGACCUAUUCGCUUCUAGUGUCCGAACCAAUCACUUUGUUGGCAGACAAUGCUCCAAUAUCCAACAAGCUCAAAACAAUCAGUGCUCCGGCAGUGCUCUAAAUAUGGGCAACGGAGUUAUUUCAAAACGAGGAAAUGGAAUCUUUGGACUGCGCACUGGUUCCAGCUGGCCUUUCUAA